AUGAACCCACAAUUUCUUUACACCAUGACUCUCGCACUUCCUUCAGUCCUCUUCAUUCAUCCUGAAUUACGACCUCUCGUCACGAAAAUGUCUUUCCUUGACACAAUCCUCUUUAUUAUUGUGCAUAUGGUGGAUAAAUUUGGAUUAUGGCAUAGGCUACCAGUGUCAUUGGGGCUGUGUUAUUUAAUUCUAAGAAGGCACUUGCACCAAAGAUAUAAUCUCCUACAUGUUGGAAGCAUGAGUGGCAACAAAUAUGACGUUGGAAAGUAUUUUCAUCGUACGGCUGAUGGGAUGUGCAAUCAUCCAACGGAUGAUACUGUAGGCAGCCAAGGAACAUUUUUCGGUCGUAAUAUGCCUCCAUCUACUACCAAGUUCGGGGUAAUCUCUCCUACAUGUUUGAUUCAUUUAUAUUGUCAAAACUCAAAAGUUGCUAAGUAUUGCUUAAUUUGA